UGCUGGGCCACCUCGCCCCGAGAUCCCGCGAGACAUCCAAAUACACGCAGCAGACAUGCGGCUUGAAGCACAAAGCGUCAAAUCGCAGCCAGGUAACACAGAUCAACAGAGCCAUCGCAAGAAGUCUCAGCGUAAGAAAAGGCGGACCACCGGGAAAGUGCACCCGUCCACGAGAACAUACGACUGUGCUGGCGGCGGCUCCCAACAAAGCCCCCCCAUUGAAGCAAAAGAAGGUGACAAGUGGGACGGGACUGAAAGCCCCCGUUCUUGUCGGAACUCGCAAAGCUGCCCACCGAUGGGAACACAAAAAGAGGUGGUGCUAGUUGGAGACAAGAACAUCGAGAUUGUAGCUGAGAUUGUUGUCGCAGAGCUUGGAUCUCCGACCGCCCUUAAGUGCAUAUCUGGCAGAAGUGCGACGGCUGCUGACGCCAUCGCCUAUGCAACAAAGUACGACAAGGAAGCUGAAGCGCGCACGCGACAGUAUAUCAUGCAUGCCGGGUUGCAUGACGUACUGAGAGGAAAACCGGAGGAUGUCACAAAAGCCCUCAACCUACAGUGGACAGGGAGGCCUCGGAGCUUAAUUGUCUGUUCCAUUCCAGAGAUAUACGGAAGGGGGGGUGAAACACGGGCCGCUGUUGUGCUUGCCAAUGCCAAGAUCAAGAAAUGGUGCAGGAGGACGGGAAACCGCUUUCUAGACUUGGCGAAAGUGGUGCAGUCGACUGGUUUUCAAAAAGACGGUCUACACUAUAACGAGACGACAGCAAUGGAAGUCGGCCGAGUCAUAGGCAGAGUGGCGGCGCCUUUUUUAGGCCUUGGACUAUCCCAUCAACGGGAAAAAGGGGCAACAAAAACCACGACGCCAUGUCUCGGCAAAAGCCUAUGCAACGAGCCCCCUGGACCUCCGCAUCGGAGCUGGGAACCGACACAACAUCGGCUGUCGAACCGAGGGAAGCGUGGGCAAGGGAACAGGACAGAUCCGGAGCAAGGAAGACUGGCCCAGCUCAUCGAGAAGACCCUCGAGAAGGUGCUCUCCAAGAAAUGGCCCACUCUGUGAAUGACGUCCAGGGGUCUGACGGAGCUGUGCGACGGAGACCACGUCAUCCCAAGGCCCAACAACGGAGGCGCAGAGUUCGACACCAAAACCCAGGAAGAAUAUCGAUCGCUUUCCUCAAUUUGCAUGGUGGUCGGCGCUUGGUAAAAUGGGAGGAGCUCUAUAUUGGAAUGGAGGAAGAGGGCAUCACGUUGUAUGGAGUGGCAGAGACACAUCUUCGGGAUCUAGAGAGGCCACCAGUCAAUCCACUUUGGAACUGGGCGGGCUGCAAUCGAGAAAGUACAGCCCGGGGAGGUGGAGGUGUGGGGUUUCUGUGGCGAGAGGGCAGCACCUGGACACCGAUCGACAGCUGCUGUGCGGAACACACCUGGAUGGUUGGCCACGUGCACGCAACGCCGGUAUUAGCGUGCGUAGUCUACCUAAGUGUUGCUCCAAACCAACACUCGGAGAACACCAACAUCGUACACUGCAUCAGACAAGACAUUGAACGCUGGGGGCAAGGUCAUGAAGUGCUGAUCCUAGGCGACUUUAAUGGCCACAUCCAGGAGCUCGACGGUUACACUGACCACAAUGGGAGGCUCUUGUUAGAGAUGACCCAGGAGCUUUCCCUUGAAAUCGCAAACCUCAGAGCAGACUGCGAGGGCACGUAUACGUGGUGCGCACGGGGCCUGAGCUCAUGCAUCGACUAUGCCCUUGUGUCACCAGGUCUUGGCAAGAGCCUCCGGAAUGUGCAUAUUGAUGAGGAAGGCCGGCACAGUUUGGGUAGUGACCAUAAUCGCCUCAGGCUGCAGUUUGAAGCAUCUCCUUGGCGUCAAAAGGUGAAGAAACACGAGCCUGCUACGCGGUUUCUCCCCGACGCGGCCUACGAGGAAGUGGCCAACGAAUUUGAACUAUGCCCCGGCCGCGAACAAGCAGAUACCUAUGAGCAGUACAUUGCCCAGCUCCGCCAGAUCAUGCGGAAACACGAGAAGAUUGUCAAGGCGCGUCGAGGGUUUAGCAGAAAGAGUUGGUGGGAUGGGGAGGUCCAAGCAGCAAUAAAAGCCCGCCGAACCGCCAACCGAUGUCACCGCCAGUGUGUAAAGAGGCCCCACAGCGAGGAUGUCCAGGCGACAUGGCAGGAAUAUCUGCGGCGAAAACGGGAGAUGCAGGCUAUCACACAACGGAAGAUAGCAGAAGCCAAUCACAAGACGCUCCACGCAAUCAAGUCUGCAGGCAGAGGAGCAGCGGCCAAAUUCUGGACAUAUGUCUCUCGGCUCGAUGGCAAAGCAACACAACCGGAAAUUCGCACAGAAUCAACGGGGGACAAGACCACAGAUCUCCACCGAGCCUUAACCGACCAUCUUCACCAACUGUACGCGCAGCCACACCCCAGUACACAUACUGAACUCCCCUGCCCAGAUGUCUCAGAACCGACUGGCACAGGCCACCAGAAGUGGACAGUGGCAAGGAGCGCCAUUGACAGGGCUAUCUCCAAGAUAGGUGCCCGCACUGCUCGGGGCUUCGACGGCAUUCCUGCAGGGCUGGUGAAACGCCUCGGUGCUGGUGCACGGGCCCAGCUGGCCGAUUUCUUCAGCGAAAUCCUAGCUGGUGGCCCUAUACCAAGUGACUGGCUACGUGGCAAAGUAAUCCUGCUCCCGAAAAGGGGGGGAGACCCCGGCCUCCUACGAGACUACAGGCCACUCACAAUCACAAGUGUUGUGUACCGUGUGUUCGCACAAGUUCUCAAGGUCUGGAUGACUACGUGGGCCGAAGAGGGUGGUCACCUCACGGAGUUACAGAACGGUUUUCGACGAGACCGACGGCUGGAGGACAACCUUUUUGUCCUGACCCAAUGUAUAGAGGUUGCACGAAAGGAGGAACGGGGGCUGAUUGGCUGCUUCCUAGAUGUGUCAAAGGCCUAUGACAGUGUACCACACGAGCUAUUACUACAGCAUCUAGAGGCACUUGGGAUGCCGCCCACAUGGACUGGAUUGCUCGGACGCCUGUAUAGAGAUAGCUCUGUUGUGGCCACCCUAAACGGAGCCUACUCAAGUGAGGUGAGGGUGGGCAAGGGAUUAAAACAAGGCUGCCCUCUUUCACCCUUACUCUAUAUGUUGUAUACCGCCGGUGUAGAGCGCAAAAUACUAGCCUCUGGGGUGGGCUUUGUGGUGGAGCGCAUAAGCGAUGGGCUCAAAGAACAGCAAACCCUGCCGGGACUCGUAUUCGCUGACGACAUUGUGCUGCUGGCGGGAAACAGUGGCGACCUGCAGACCCUCGUUACCAGCUGUGCCGAAGCCAUGGCGCCACUGGGACUGCAGUUCAACACGAAGAAAUCGGCGGUGGUCAACUUCUCUGGCCCGGGGCUUCCUGGUUUGCUGACACUGCCAGAUGGAGGACUGCUGCCCGAAGCACCUGAGUACCGAUACCUCGGGGUGAACUUCUGGGCACAAGUAGAUUAUACAGCAAACCACGAGAGGCACUUGAGACAAACAUCCCAGAGGGCCGGCCAAGUACUCCGUAGGAGGUGCCUGUGGGGUUUCAACCGCCCCAUUAUGGUGCGCGAACUAUGGAAGGCGGUACACGUGCCGGCGCUGACUUUCGCUAAUGCAGUGAUUUGCCCCGCUGCGCAGACCCGGGAGUGGCUUGAACGCAGUCAGCGCGCCGUGGGACGACUGGCUCUGGGGUGCCACGGCAACGUUGCCAACGAGGCAGUCCAGGGUGAUUUGGGUUGGUCCUGUUUCGAAGCGCGGGAAGCUCGGAGCAAGCUGUCCUACGAAGGCAGGUUGCGCCUGAUGCAGCCACAUCGCUGGGCACGGCGAAUAUUUGAUUAUGUUCACCGCAACGGCAUCCGCACCAGAUGGUCGAAAAGACUGCAGCACCUAAGCAGGAAAUACGGCUUCUAUGCGAGCCCUGUGCAGGAGGACACCGAGCGUAAGUGGUCCAAAGCAGUGAAGACCCAAGUGCGAAUGACGGAGGCUGACACUUGGCGGCGAGACAUGGAGGAGAAGAGUACACUGAGGAUCUAUAGGGAAUCCAAACAGGAAAUCCAUGUCGAACCUCUAUUCGACAAUAGUGUAGCCAGCAGCCUCCUCUUCGAAGCACGAGCCGGCGCUCUCAGAACUCUGGCAUAUCGCCGGCGCUUUGAUGACAGCGUGGGAGAUGCAAUGUGCCGUGUAUGUGGUGCCGACGAGGAGACAAUCGAACACUUGGUCAUGAACUGCGAGGGCCUCACAACAGCACCUACAGAUGGCACCACCUUACAGCAGGCGCUUGGCUUCUCGCCCAACGACGCUCCUGAUGGUGGCGGAGUGGCUACGACCAAGAAGCGACUCAGUGAGUGGUGGACAAAGGUGCGCGCACAUUGACAUGUCGAAGCUCUCCUCGUUGAACAUGUGCAUGUACCGUGGUGGUUAGAUGUGUGUGUAGCCACUUAUGUGUACGCGCUAUCGUUUUUACUUUUUUUCUUUCUUUUUUAAGUCCUUAGGCCAGGGCAUCGGUUGAUGCCCGCCCGUUACAAAGGGUGAGGCCAUAAAUCCAAAUCCAAAU